ACACUGAGUUUUGCCGCGAACGCGAGCAGCUCUCCCACAUUUUCACUUCUCGGAUUAAAGGUUGAGUUUUCGGGUUCCUGCCCGGUGGUCGUGAUGUUCUGUGAGAAGGCCGUGGAGCUGAUCCGGGAGCUGCACCGGAUGAGCGACGGACAGCUGCCCGCCUUUAACGAGGACGGACUGAGGCAGGUUCUGCAGGAGAUGGAGGCUCUUUAUGAACAGAACCAGAGCGACGUAAAUGAAGCGAAGGCCGCCGGUCGCUCGGAGCUCAUCCCCUCCAUCAAACUGCGCCACUGCUGCCUGCUGAGGAACCAGCGCUGCAUCACCGCCUACCUGUACGACCGGCUGCUGAGGAUCAGAGCGCUGAGAUGGGAGUAUGGCAGCGUCCUGCCGGCCAACGUCCGCUUCCACAUGAACGCCGAGGAGCUGCAGUGGUUCGGCCAGUACAAGAAGUCUCUGGCCUGCUUCAUGCGCUCUCUGGGUGCAGGUGAAGGUCUGGACAUCACUCAGGACAUGAAGCCUCCAAAGAGCCUCUACAUCGAGGUGAGGUGUCUGAAGGACCACGGAGAGUUUGAGAUCGACGACGGCACGGUGAUCCUGCUGAAGAAGAACAGCCAGCACUUCCUGCCGCGGUGGAAAUGCGAGCAGCUGAUUCGUCAGGGCGUCCUGGAGCACGUCGUGUCCUGACGAUGAUGUGGUCCAGGAGAUGCCUCACCUGAUGUGAAACACCUGCAGAGUCCAGUCGGUGUUCUGAUGUCAAAAUAAACCUUUUCCUAUAAA